CCCGUUAGCGCCUCGCGCCCGCCGGCUUUCGCCUCAGAGACGGACGGGCCGCGCUCCCCUCAGCGUCGCCGCCAUGGGCGCCUACCUGUCCCAGCCCAACACCGUCAAGACCUCCGGGGACGGCCAUGGCCGAGGACCGGGAGGACCGGGAGGACCGGGAGGACCGGGAGGAGGAGGCCCCCCCCUGCCCUACGGCUUCUCCGCCAUGCAGGGCUGGAGGGUCUCCAUGGAGGAUGCCCACAACUGUAUCCCCGAGUUGGACAGCGAGACAGCCAUGUUUUCGGUCUACGACGGACACGGAGGGGAAGAAGUUGCUCUUUAUUGUGCCAAGUAUCUCCCCGAAAUCAUCAAAGACCAGAAGGCUUACAAGGAAGGCAAGCUCCAGAAGGCCUUGGAAGAUGCUUUCUUGGCUAUUGAUGCCAAACUAACCACUGAGGAGGUCAUCAAGGAGCUGGCCCAGAUCGCCGGGCGGCCUCCCGAGGACGAAGACGAAAAGGAGAAAGUAGCCGAUGAGGACGACGUGGACAACGAGGAGGCGGCAUUGCUCCAUGAAGAGGCCACCAUGACUAUUGAAGAGCUGUUGACACGCUACGGGCAGAACUGCCAUAAGGGCCCUCCCUGCAGCAAGGCGGGCCCCGGAGCAGGGCCAGGCGAGGAGCCGGGGUCCCGGGGUCUCAACGGCGAGGCGGGGCCCGAGGAGCCGCCCCCGGAGGAGAACGGGCCCGCAGCAGAGGGAGACGCAGGCAUCUCCUCCGGUCCGCAGCGCCGGGCUAGGGCCGAGGCGGACCGGGGCGACGAGCCCGCCGUCCCCUCCACCGGCGAGGCGGGGCCCUCCUGCUCUUCCUCCCCUGCCAAGCCUCCCCGGGCUGCCAAGUCCAAGUUCUUUGAGGACAGCGAGGACGAGUCGGAUGAGGCGGAAGAAGAGGAGGAGGAGGAGGACAGCGAGGAGUGCAGUGAGGAUGAAGAUGGCUAUAGCAGCGAAGAAGCGGAGAACGAAGAGGACGAGGACGAUACAGAAGAGGCGGAGGAGGAAGAGGAGGAGGAAGAGAUGAUGCUGCCUGGGAUGGAAGGCAAAGAGGAGCCCGGUUCAGACAGCGGCACCACGGCGGUGGUGGCCCUGAUCCGGGGGAAGCAGCUGAUCGUGGCCAACGCCGGGGACUCGCGCUGCGUCGUGUCCGAGGCCGGCAAGGCCCUGGACAUGUCCUACGACCACAAGCCCGAAGACGAGCUGGAGCUAGCCCGCAUCAAGAACGCCGGUGGCAAGGUCACUAUGGACGGGCGAGUCAACGGGGGCCUCAACCUUUCCCGGGCUAUCGGCGACCACUUCUACAAGCGGAACAAGAACCUCCCACCCGAGGAGCAGAUGAUCUCAGCGCUGCCCGACAUCAAGGUGCUGACGCUCAACGAGGACCACGACUUUAUGGUCAUUGCCUGUGACGGGAUCUGGAAUGUGAUGAGCAGCCAGGAGGUGGUGGACUUUGUCCAAGCCAAGAUCGGCCAGAGAGACGAGAACGGAGAACUGCGGCUGCUCUCCUCCAUCGUGGAAGAGCUCCUGGAUCAGUGCCUGGCGCCCGACACCUCCGGCGACGGCACCGGGUGCGACAACAUGACCUGCAUCAUCAUCUGCUUCAAGCCCCGCGGCCCGGCCGCCCUCUCGCCCGACGGCGGCAAACGAAGACUGGAGGAGGAGGAGGAGGAGGCGGCGGCGGCGGGGGGCCCCGACGGGGCCGAGGAGAACGGAACCGGCGACAACAGCAAGAAGGCCAAGCGGGAAUAGCCACCGUCGGCCGCUCGCGCUCCCAGACUGUUUCACCGAGCCCGCCGGACUUGAGGCCGACCGCGUCUCUGUCUUUUCUUUUAGCCUAGCAGCGGGGUCGGGGGGCGCGGGUG